AUGGAUUCAAAUUCAGAUGUAUCAGAAGUAUAUCUCGAUGAAUCUUGUAUGCCAGAUUCGGAGAGUUCUGAAUCGUCAAUUAGUUUUUCGGAACAAUCUUUCAUAUUUAAUGAACGUGAUGUACAUGCGUCAACCAAGACAUUGAAUGGUCCUGAUCUCAGUGAUAGUAGUAACCUGUCUUCAAUUGAAAUUGACAUUAAAAAGAAAGUAUCUGGAAAUAAUUGUUUAGCUUCAUAUAGCUUUUCGUUACCAAAUUAUCAGAAACCAACGAAAAACAAUAUUUGGCCUUCUUUUUCCAAUACCGACGAUAAUACUGUUGAAAAUGAAAUCAAUGAAAAUUUUAAAAAUAUUAUUAUGGAUAAUAAUAAAAUACCUCAAGGUAAUAUGUUUAAUCUUAUUGAUGAUGCAGUUAUAUCUGCUUUAAAUUGUCCAGAAAUAAACUCUGAUGAGGAAGAUGAUGAUAAGGAAUCGGAUAUUAGUGAUUUUACAUACAAUUCUGUGGAUGAUUUAAAUUCUAUUUUUAAAACUAAUAAUAAGACAAAAUCAACAAGAAAAAAUUCUUCAGAUGACAAAAAGGAGAAUCAUUCACCGAUAAACUCUAAAACAAAUAAUUUUGAAAAAAUGAAUGUUAUAACUAGAGAUCUUGACGAUAUUGGAAUAUAUUUUAGAAGUAAUAUUGAAAUAACAUAUGAAGAUUUAAAAAAAGUAAAUGUAGUUAACAAAUCAUUUAAUGAACCAAUUUCUUUUUAUAAUAUACCUUUUUCAACGUUGUUAAAAUAUUAUAAAUAUAGUGAUCAUACAAAGGAGUUAUUUUAUGAUAGAUUGGCUUUGAUGUUAUAUACACUUUCGUAUGUAGUUAAAGGAACAGGUGAAUUAGUUUCUGAUCGAUAUGAGACAUUUUUUUGCAAUUAUUAUAAGAUUAGUUCCAAUACAUUUAGAGAAUGGACUGGAUAUACUUUUUUGACUUUCAUGAAAAGUAGAUAUUGUACACCUUAUUUUCAUAUAGUUUUUGAUGAAGCCAGAGAUAAAUUUAUUGUUCGUUUUAAUGAAUCUGAUAAAAACAUGUCUAAAUUAGGAAAUGAAAUGGUUGCGGUAAGAAAAGCUAAUAUGGAAGCAAUGAGAAGAAAAUUAAUAGGAAUUGAAAAGAAAUUAGAUCGUAUUGAAGAUAAGGAAGGGUGUAUAGAAGAAAAAUUUAGAUGGUUUGAACUUUUAUCUUAUGCACCAAAAGAAGAAAAAGAAGUUAGUGUACAAUGUUUUCAACUGAAUUAUGAAUAUCAUUUUAAGCGUAAGUUGGAUUCUAACUAUUUGAGUUCAAUAUUUAUGAGAUCGUCUUUGUCUGGUGUUAUCAAACAUUCAUUUGCUAAUGAAUUGGAAUUUAUUGCUGAAAAUGGAGGAAAAAUAAAAAUUCUUUGUGAUAUUCCAAGUGCCAUCUUAGAAACACAAAAAAAACUUGAUUUUAUACGAUCUGAUGAAUAUAAGAGACUUGUAAAUUUGAAAAGAGUUAGAUUAACUGGAGAAGCUCCUCUUAUUCAACCAAGAGCAUCAAAGGCUCCAGUUUUAUGGGAUUUUAACAAAAGUGUUCUUAAAGAUAUAUUAGGUGAUGAAGCAUGUACACCUUUACAUGAAAAAUAUUCCAAUAAAUCACCCUUAUCUAAUAAUGUGAAUAAAAAAACAAAACCAAGUUAUAUUUCUUCAAAUGUCAAUCAAUCCGAUGAAGAUGAAAAUUCCGAAAAUGGUAAUUGA